ACUGAUCACCAGACGGGGCCUUGGAGGAGAACUGAGCUGGAGCAGCCAUGUCGGAGAAGGCGAGUCGUACCACCCCAAAGUCCGAGCGCAAGGAGCUGCAGCCCAGGGUCCUUGAAGGGUCGAUGACCAACUACAGGGUGUGCAUCUUCGAGCAAGAGAACUUCCAGGGCCGCUGUAAGGAAUUCUCCGGCGAGUGCAUGAAUUUGUGCGACAGUGGCUUCGAGCGUGUGGGCUCGAUUCGUAUUGACUGCGGGCCCUGGGUGUUCUAUGAGCAGGCCCGAUUCUGCGGGGAGAUGUUUGUCCUGGAGAGGGGUGAGUAUCCUCGCUGGGACUCAUGGUCCAACAGCCACAGGAGCGAGUAUAUCAUGUCCUUCAGGCCCGUCCUGGUGGACUCGGAGCAGCACAAGAUCUGCCUGUACGAGAUGGCAGAGUUCAAGGGCCGCAAGAUGGAGAUCGUCGACAAUGACGUGCCCAGCCUGUACUCCUACGGUUUCACCAACCGAGUUGGCAGCGCCAGCGUGGUCUGCGGAACCUGGGUGGGCUAUCAGUACCCGGGCUACCGUGGCUACCAGUAUGUGUUCGAGAAGAAUGACUACAGGCACUGGAACCAGUGGGGCGGCCGCAAGCCAGAGAUUCAGUCCAUCCGCCGAAUCCGCGAUGGGCAGUGGCACAAGGUUGGCUGCUUUGUCUAGGCACCAAAGACGAGCCCAAUCCCUUCACGGAGUGACAUCAGCUCAGUCAGUCAGUCAGUGAGUGAGUGCGGUGAGGCAGACACUACUUAAAUAAAAACAAGCGCCAGACAUUGCGAACGAUGCAGUGCAUUGUAGUGGGGCUUUACGUUCUGUCAAUGAAUUGAAACAGGGAACGAUGAAAUGCUGGAGAAAAAUAAACUCACUUUAAAUGAAA